GUAAAACCAUUUAAACAUAAAAAAUUUUAAGUGUUAAAAAUUUCGUGUGUAAAAAUGUUAAAGCAAGUAAAAUUUCUACGUAGGCUUACGCCUUAUGUCACUCAACGGGCUACAUUCCAAAAUUUCGUAAUGUCCGAUACUUUAGCGCGGUUGGAGUCAGAAUGCGAGAAGUGCUGCUACAACCCUAGACUACCAUCUCGCAAGGUAACAAUAGUCGGGGCAGGUACCGACGUCGGUCGAAUCGUAUCGUUGUUCCUCAAACAGCAGCGAGUGAUCAAGACGUUGGCGCUGUACGAUGACGAGCCAGACCGGUACGUGCUGGGCGUGGGUACGGACUUGGCGCACAUCGACACCAGCACCGAGAUCGAAGCGUAUCAGGGAAAGCAGUUUCUUAAGAAUGCUUUACACGAUGCGGACGUAGUGCUGAUCUGCGGCGGCUGCUACGAGUUGCCCCCUUGCUGCAAUGAGCCGGACCGCGAGCUGUUCUUCAAGAACAUGCGGAUCGUGCGCACCACCACCAUCGCCGUCUCCCAGUUCUGCCCGUACGCCGUCCUCGCCGUGCAGGCGCCGCCGGUCGACUGCAACUACGCUCUGUGCGCGCAUACAUUAAAGGUUCUCGGCACGUACAACCGGCGCCGAGUGCUGGGCGUGAACUCUGUAAACGCCAUGCGCGCCAACCAGUUGUACAGCUCCAUGAUGGGCGAUGACCCCAGCAAGUCCAACGUGGCGGUGGUCGGCGGCUGCGGCCGUUGCACGCGCGUGCCGGUCUUUUCCGCCGCGAAACCUAACCCCUUCGACUGCAAUGUGCCCAAGAAAACGUUGAACUGUCUGAGCCGACUAGUGCGCGAAGCCGACGACAUUAUCUGCAGGGUGAAGAGCAACAACGAGCAGGGGCAUCUUUCUAUCGGCUUCUCUACUGGAAGAUUCGUUUUGAACAUUAUGAAAGGAAUAGUGGAGACACCCUCAACUCUCGACAGUGCGCUGGUGGAGCAGAGUGACCCGGAGAAGUGCUACGGAAUGCGCGUCUGUGCGACCCCCGUCACGGUGGGUCGGUACGGCAUCGAGCAGUAUACCAUCCCCGAGCUAAGCGAAGACGAGCAGCAGCUGCUUUCAGAGGCUAAGUGUGACUUAGAAGAUAUGUUAAACCUCGGGCGAUGCUACGCUACUGGUGAAGAGUACACUUUGCACCCUUGCAGGUACUACGAAGUCGAAUGUGGGCCUACGUGUCCCUGUCCACAAGUCUCAAGUUCAAAAUAA